AUGCAUCUUUUUCAUACAUUUCUAUUGGUUGUUAACGCUGUUUUCGUGGUCCAAGCUUGCAACCCUUUAAGAGGACCACCAGGACGGGAUGGACGGGAUGGAAAUGUGGGAGAGCGAGGAGUGCCGGGAGAUGAAGGACCAGUUGGAGACGAAGGUCCUCCUGGUUUGCCUGGAAUUAAAGGUCCACCAGGAGAAGAAGGAGAUGUGGGAUUGCCUGGAGAAAUCGGCGACCCGGGACUGAGAGGUAUAAGGGGACAAAGAGGGCCAGCUAUGGCAGGAUAA